UAGCGCAAAGGGUGUCGGGAGAGGUUUCCCGCAAACCCUCUCUGGCCUCUGGAGGCACCUCUGUUGCCGCGGCUUCGGCUUCCACGAUCUGCGUUUGGGCUAAACGGCCACAUCCGGCGCCACUGCCGCUCCCCUUGUACCUGGCUCUGUCCGUAUUGGUUCCCAGGCAGCAGCGACUGGGGCCGACAUGUUGUGAGCAGCGGCGCGGGUAUCCGAAGGAUGGUUUGGCCGAGGCGGUGGCAACGGCUGCUGGCGGCGGCGGCGGCAGCGGGGGCGCCGGCUCUGUAGAGCCAAGCUCUCUGGGUGUCCGCCUGAUACCUCGGCGAGGCCGGUGGCCCUGGACCUUGCCUCUUCGGUGCCGCUGGGAACUGUUUAGGCGACAGCAUCCCCCCCUCUGAGGAGACACGAAGGUGGUUCCCCAGUGCUCAAAUUUCCGGACCACCUUGCAUUCCCCUUCUCGACCUGGGCAGUGCUGUCCCCAGAAUCUUAUGCCCCCCGACUUUCACCCCCACCCUCGCCGUGAAUUUUACACACACGGGUGCUCCCCGCCCUCGCCCCCUUCAUUUUCUGCACUUUCUCUUAGCACUCCCGGGAUCACGCUCCGAGGGCGGCCUUUUGAAAAGUCUUCGCGGAGUAGUGGACCGGAGCUGGCGACUUUUUAAAAAGUCGGGGCGCGAGAGAUACGAAAAUACGAUGGCUUCCUCAUCUGGCAACGAUGAUGAUCUCACUAUUCCCAGAGCUGCUAUCAAUAAGAUGAUCAAAGAGACUCUACCCAAUGUCCGGGUGGCCAACGAUGCCCGGGAGCUGGUGGUGAACUGCUGCACUGAAUUCAUUCACCUUAUAUCCUCUGAAGCCAAUGAGAUUUGCAAUAAGUCGGAAAAGAAGACCAUCUCACCAGAGCAUGUCAUACAAGCACUGGAAAGUCUGGGCUUUGGUUCUUAUAUCAGUGAAGUAAAAGAAGUCUUACAAGAAUGCAAGACUGUAGCAUUAAAAAGAAGAAAGGCCAGUUCUCGUUUGGAAAACCUUGGCAUUCCUGAAGAAGAGUUAUUGAGACAACAACAGGAAUUAUUUGCAAAAGCUAGACAGCAGCAAGCAGAAUUGGCCCAGCAGGAAUGGCUUCAAAUGCAGCAAGCAGCCCAACAAGCACAGCUUGCUGCUGCCUCAGCCAGUGCCUCUAACCAGGCAGGAUCUUCUCAGGAUGAAGAAGAUGAUGAUGAUAUCUGAAAUUCACCAGCUGAAUUUCUGUUUCCUCUGUAAAUGUUUUUCCUUGCACAAGAAAACAGUGAAAGAAAUGCUUAUCUGUAAAUUUGUAUGCAUCUUGGUGGACUUGCCAUUGGUACUCUAGGGAUGUCUGCUGUAAAGUUUCAUCUAUUGUGUGCUAUUCAUGUAAAAACUCUCUUUGAACUCUUGAAAAUUUAAGGUUCAGUGUAAUAUCAAUUUUGAAUUUUUAAUGGUGUUUAUGAAAUUUUAGAUAGCAGUGAGUCCUUUAUUUGAUCAAUAAACAGUGUUACAAAAAACUCCAAGUUUAUAAAAGUCAGUGAAAUUUAUAGAGAAACUCUAAAUCUGCAUUUGCAUUUCCUCUGCCCUUUUAACUAAACUGAAAAUUGGGAAUUUUAAUUUAUUGGGGGGGUGCUGUUUGAUGCAAUAGACAUUAGAUCAGGUUGGUGAAAAAACAGUUCAGUUCUGUAGUAUCUGAAUUUUUUGUCUUUUAAAAUGAGUAUAUAUGUAUACGCACACACACACACACACACAUAUAUAUAUAUAAGCAAUAAACAUAUAUGCUCAGAUAAAUAUACUUGCUUAAAAAAAUCUCAAAAGACAUUCAAAAACUAGGAAGGAUUAUGUUCCACAGUUGUAUAAAUUUGGUGCGUUAGGUUUUUGGUUUGUUCUUGCUUUAUGAAGAAGUAAAAACUACAAUUUUAUCAUGGCAUAAUUCAUUUUGAGGUACACUAUUACAUUUCAAAGACUGCCCAAUUGCAAGAAUUGUCAUGUUUCUUACUAUUUCACUCCAAUAAUUUGUUAAUACUAUUACAUGCUUAGUCCAUCCAUGUUUAUUGGAGCUUGGGUUCCACUGGGUUAGCUAAGGUUCAUGAAUAUUCAAGCCUUUGGUGGGGAAAGAAAUGAAAGCUAGUAAGCGUGCUUGCUAUAAAAGAGGGAUUUGUUUUGUAAUUUAACUUGUAGUUAUAGUUAUUGUUUUUAUCAUUACUUUUACAUUUUCUUGACUAGAUGGCUACUGUGUCCAAUGCUGUUUUUUGAAAUGACAUCAUUGUCUCCAUCAUCAUUGAAUGAUAGCUUUAAAAAAUGAUUGGUUUUGCUUAAGAAAGUGUGUCAUAACUUCUCAACCCUAUAAGAAAUAGUUUCAAUCAACUCAUUAAAAGGAAGAGCUUUAAUUUGGUUCUAAUAAAGUAUGAUAAUGAUUUUUAUAGGAAUCCAUUGUGUUGAAGAAAUGACCUAAUGUUUGUGUUUUGCAAACAGAAUGGAGAAGCCAUUUGAGAUAGUAUGAAGUAAUCUAAAUUUCUAUGUAAGUUGCCAAAUCAUAUGAAUUUCUAUAUUCAUCAAGCCCAAGGAUAGAUGGAGCUGCCAGGAUUCUGAUUUUAAUUUGAGAGCUAAAUAAGUAAAGUUUAUACUUAAUAGAAUUUCCUAAUUAUCAUUUUGCAGUUUUAGAAAAAAAUGAAACAUUGUCAUACAUUUAUUAAAUACACUUCCUCCAUGCCAUGGAAAGGUUAAUCUGGCUGAACUUCUUAACUUGAAGUUGAUACUGUAUUUAUGAAGUGCUUUGGACAAGAUAGAAGGGAUUGUUUUUUUUAAAAGUUUAAGUACCAAAGGUAGUCUAGUUUAAGAAAUAAUUAAGUGUUGGCUUUUCUAAUUUGUAUGUAACAUCCUUAUAUUUUCUAUUUUAAGUAUAUCUAUUUCUUAAGUAAACAACUUAGAUAUUUUUCCACACCUUUUUUUUCUGAUGCAGAGUUCAGAUUAAUAUUUUACUGCAUCGAAUAUGUCUGAAGCCUAGUGACUUUCAUUUUGACAUUCUUGUGAUUUCAUAUGCUGUAUUCCUCAAGCAAUAAAAUUCUGAUGUGUUUUAUAAA